AUGGUGGGGGUAAGGUUGGAGUCCAACGUCGUCAGCUACAACGCUGGGAUCAGCGCAGGCGAGAAAGGCAGGCAGUGGCAGCUGUCUCUGGCUCUGCUCAGGGAGAUGCGGGAGUCGAAGCUGGUGCCCGACGUCAUCAGCUACAGCUCUGGGGCCAGCGCCUGCGAGAAAGCCGAGCGGUGGCAGCUGGCCCUGCUGCUGCUCGGCGAGAUGCGCGAGGCGAAGCUGGCGCCCAACUCAUCAGCUACAGCGCUGGGAUCAGCGCGUGCGAGAAGGGCAAGCAGUGGCAGCGCGCCUUGUCGCUGCUCAGCGAGAUGCGUGAGGCGAACUUGGAGCCCGGCGUCAUUCAGCUACAAUGCUGGUGUCAGCGCGUGCGAGAAAGGCGAUCGGUGGCAGUCCGCCCUGGCGCUGCUGAGCGAGAUGCGGGAGGCCAUGUUGGAGCCGAACGUCAUCUAUAUCUACAGCGCUGGGAUCAGCGCGUGCGAGAAGGGCAGGCAGUGGCAGCGGGCCCUGGCGUUGCUGAGCGAGAUGCAGGAGGCGAAGCUCGAGCCCAACGCCAUCAGCUACACCGCCGGGAUCAGCGCGUGCGAGAAGGGCAGGGCGAACAGUGGCAGCCGGUGCUGGCGCUGCUGA